AUGUCUGCACGUAGUAUUGUUACAAAGCAGUUGUUGCGGCAGACUGCGCUGCAGCCGUGCCUGAAACUUCCUGCUGGUAGGGUUGUCAUGUUGGAGGAGGGACGGCGACUGGCGCGCUUGGUGCAUGAGGAGGAGGAACGCGCAGCUGCCGUAUCGACGGCAGUGGUGGAGGAGCGGGCGCUGGGCUCUCCCGUUGUUUUGGAGGAAGGUGUGUCCAAGCGUAUUCUGCUGCUUAGGCAGAAGAGUAAUAAAGAGGCGAAUAUCAAGGCUGCUGUUGCUCACGCACAGCGGAGUAAGGUGCCGACUUCCGUGGCGGAGACGGGUGAAGAGGUGCGUGACAUUGCGGUGAAACUGUUGCGGAAGGACAGCAGUGCUCGUGGCGCUUUGAAGGGGCGCCAUGAGCGGAGCAAAGGUAAGAAGGCUUCGAAGAAGCACUGA